AUGGCGAAAGAAUAUUACAGAGGCAAUGUUCAAGUACAACUUGACUACAAUUUUGUGUGGCGAGUUACAUCUCACUAUGCACCAGCUAUUGACCAACACGUAACUUCGAAUAAACUGGCCAACGUUGAUAAACAAGGUCGAAAAUAUAGUGAUUACAUUUAUGAUAACUUUGUUGGAAUUACUAAUUUAGCCGUGGCUACAAAGCUUUAUAUUGCUGCGGACGAUACUAUGGAUCUUCAAAAUUCUUGCAGAUUACGUAUUGUUGAUCAUGCGUUAUCCUGCAAGCGGUUCGCUGUUCGUGGAAUUUUUUAUUGUUCGUCGGAUGAUCGUCUACAAGGUGAUUUACUUGACAGUACAAACUAUUCGCUCGCCGAUUUUAUCACACGGGUUUCAGAAAAGGAUUGGUUGUCCGGCAUGAUUGAUUCUUAUUCACUGGAUUGCCUUAAAGCUAUUGCUCGUCGUAAAUUUGAAGAGCUGAUAAACCGAUCAUUUGAAGUAAAGAUUCAUAAUUCAACCAACAAAUAUCGUAUUCGUUUACCCGAAUUCGAUUUUGAGAAUGUAACUCUUGAUACGAUUAAAACGUAUCUUAACAAUCCUAUUUUCGAAAAUUUAAUUGAUGGAGAUCUUAAAACCGUUUUGAGAAUUGCCACUCUUUUAACUUUACAAUUGGCCACCAUAAGGUGGAUAAAACGGGGAGCUUCACAAAGUACGAUAAAACAUCUUUAUAGUGAAUCAAUCUAUCCUGAAGUUGAUGAUGCCAAAUUAGUGGAUAUUAUGAAUGAAGUAAAAAUUUGGAACAUCAAUGACUAUUAUUCUGAUAAAACUCUCAAUUAUAUGAUCGAAGAAUCUGCUCAUAGAUGGAAUACUGGUAUAGUUCGUUCGUUGUCUAAAUUUUUAUCAAUUGCAGACAUGGAAUACUCUAAAUUUGGGACUAAAGCCCAACUCAAGGGUCAUUCGGAGGCGAAAGCUGCUUUAAAACUUUCUCCAUCGGAUGCUAUCAUCGGUGUCGCUGUGGGAUUCAAUGAUUCAGUUCAAGCUACUGGGGGAUUCAAUAUUAAUUACGUUCAAAACCAGAAUCGCAUUCUUACUGAAUAUUUGAUAGAUAGAAUAGAAAGAAAAGUAAAGCUCAUAACAAAAAUAAUAUUCACCAAGGGCAGAAACCCUGGCAAUGAAGAAAUAAAAGAUAGGCAAAAAAGCCGGGAGAAAAAAAGAUGA